ACCAUGGCUGAGAUGCGGCAAAGCCUGGAGCAGGAGCGAGACCGCCUCAUCGCCGAGGUCAAGAAGCAGAUGGAGCUGGAGAAGCAACAGGCGGUAGAUGAGACCAAGAAGAAACAGUGGUGUGCAAACUGCAAGAAAGAAGCCAUCUUCUAUUGCUGUUGGAACACCAGCUAUUGCGAUUACCCGUGCCAGCAGGCCCACUGGCCUGAGCACAUGAAAUCAUGCACACAGUCAGCUACAGCGACCCAGCAAGAAACAGAUCCUGAGGCCAGUUCAGAAACAAAUAAAUCUGCCCAACCUAGCUCAAGUGCACAGGCCCCCCAGAUGGAUACAACCAGUGCCUCGAAAGAAAAGGAAAGUCCAGCUGACAAGAGCAGAGAGAGUGUCACG